AUGCAUCCUGUAGCAAUAAAAAUAAGUAAACCAGGGACAGACUUGCUCGGAUCCGAAACACCAACCCGCAGUAGCCUUCAAGAAGACGGCGUAGUGGUCGGGGGAGGGAUACAGCACCCGGUCUCUCCAGGGAGGCAGAAGUGCUGGCAAGCUCUUUCCUCGAGGGUAGGAGUCGGCGUCGGAGGUGGAAUGCAGCAACCAGUUUCACCGGGGAGGCAGAAAUGGUCACAUCUCAGGACCGGAGUCGAGGAAGUCGAGGUUGGGGCCGGAACGCAGCAGCCAGUCUCGCCUGGGAGGCAGAUGUGGUCACAGACGAUGGUCGCAGCGCCAACCUGGCUCGCGAGGAACAGAGAGGUGACGACGGCGGAGAUUGCGGAAGCGUAGGAGAAUUUCAUCGUUGCGAGUAUACAGUGCAGAAGUUUCGUAGAGAAUUAAACGGCACUUUGUGAGGUGAGAUGAAUAGACAGCCCCGAGACUAUCGUUUAUAUAGUUUUCACCCGUCAAUCCUAGAAGUCCGGCUGUUUCAUGAAUUACAGAGCGGGACAUAUUUCAAGAUGCGACGGCAGCUGCGACGCUGCAGCAUGAUGCCUAUUACCAGAAAUUCCACGAUUCGCCAAGUUCGCCGCUCCGUAUGAUGCUUUGCGGUUGAUUAUAUUAUGUGCUUGUAUCACGGAGACCCUCCAGCAACUCCAAACCAGUGUAAUAUUUCGCACACUCGCCGUCAUGAAACGCGAUUAUAUCAUAUCAUAUGUACGGGGCCACGGCGAAAGAAAUGCAGCGAUCUUGCAGACCGACGCAGGGAAUUGAAUUGCCGGAACGGAGAAUAGUAUCAGAAUGCAGACUCUUGACGGAGGAAGGGUGUCGCCUUCGGAUGAGCAUUCUAUGCAGAGGAACCAACAGUCCAAUUAGUUAGCAUCUGAUGGUGAAGUGUACAAGUCCAUGUAGCAAGGAAGAUCGCCUCAGCAUAUUGAGUGUAU